AUGGCUUCGACUCCUCCUCUACAGAUCAUAUCUCCUCAGACCCCUUCGACUCCGCUGUAUGGCGCUGCGUAUGAUCGUCCCACAAGACAGUCCUCUCGAAUAAAGCAACGUGCAACAAGCCAUGCGCAAGUAGUCCACCAGACGCCAGCACGGCAACGAUCUGUCACUUCUCCAGCACAUGACUCGAAAUCGAUAGCAAGGUCGCAAGUGACACCAAAGAAAGCGCCUCGCCGUGUGCAAGUUGUUUCUCCGACUUCACCCAAUACACAACCGACUCCCUAUCAACCACCUAAGCAACCUGCACCAUCAUCUACCACUUUCGCCAACGGCAUGCUACCGACGCCUGUGAAGACUCCUAAAAAGAAAUCCGUAACCGACGUCAAAACUGCAUCUGCUGCGCUUUUUCAAGACCCGUUCACAAUCGAAGAAAUGGCUGCCUCAACACCUCGGAAGAAUCGCAAGACUAAGCGCUACAAUGGCUACUCGCUCGAAAGCUUUCGCGCUGAGGAUGAGAUACCGAAAGUGCAAGUGUUCACAGACAAUCGUGACAAGGUGCCCGAAGUGGACAACAGUCCUUCCAACCCGUUCUUGAGCAACGACAUCACCGAGCAAGAAGCGCCUAGGGUGAGCAAGCGUCGCAAGGUCUCGAAUCAUCACCGCAAAGAUCCUCAGGUCGAAGAAGCCCUCCGCAAAGACGAUGGCAUGGUCUACGUCUUCCGUGGCAAGAAGGUCUUUCGCCGCUUCAAUGACGCCGGUGAAGAAGACGAGGAAGUCGAUUCAGACGAUCUUGGUCUUCUCGACCAUUCCACCAAUGGCAGACGAACACGACCCAUGAGAACUUUGACACGAAAAUCAAUCAAACCCACACGUCUAUUCGAGUCCGAAGAGGACAAGGCUGCCCGUGAGCGUGCUCGACAAGAAGAAGAAGCUACCGAUGUCGAAGCCCGCACAUCUGAGGACGAUAUCUCGAGAACUAAUGGCUCUUCGAAGUCCCUGAGGACACCCACUCAAUCAGCCGACAAGAAGGUCAGCCCUUUUGACAAAUGGCCACGCCUCAAGAAGGGAAGCAGAGAAGGUUCUACAUCUAAAGCUGUGAAGCGAACCGCAAGUGAUGCACUGGAUGGUUCUUCCACCGAAGAUACCGGGGAUGUUUCCAGAUCAUCGAAGCGGAAGACUCGCGCAUGA